UUCUGCACUAGAUUUUAAGCAGAGAGGGGAAGUGAUCAAGUAAUCUAAAAAAUGGGAGUUGGGUUUGAAUCGGCCAUGAAAUUGAGCUUAUACCCAUUACUGUUACUAGUGUUAUUGCUUGCUUCCUUCAGCUUUACUUGUACAGAAGCCUUUGAUCCGUUAGACCCAAAUGGAAACAUAACUAUUAAGUGGGAUAUCAUAUCCUGGACUGGUGAUGGCUAUACUGCUGUUGUGACAUUGUAUAAUUUUCAACAAUAUCGUCACAUUCAAGCACCGGGAUGGUCUUUAGGAUGGAGUUGGGCGAAGAAGGAAGUGAUAUGGGACAUGUGGGGUGGUCAAGCAACCGAACAAGGAGAUUGUUCGAAUUUCAAAGGAACCCUUCCUCAUUCCUGCAAAAAGAGCCCUACGAUUGUCGAUUUAUUGCCUGGAACUCCUUAUAAUAAACAGGUUGCAAAUUGUUGUAAAGGAGGAGUUUUAAGCUCGUGGGCGCAGGAUCCUGUUAAUGCUGCAGGCUCGUUUCAGCUUACAGCGGGUCUUGCGGGUACAACUAAUAAGACGGUUAGGCUUCCUAAGAACUUUACCUUAAAAGCCCCUGGUCCUGGAUAUAGUUGUGGUCCUGCGAAAGUUGGGAGACCUACUAAAUUUUUUACUUCGGAUGGAAGGAGAGUCACACAAUCUAUGAUGUCCUGGAACGUUACGUGCACUUAUUCGCAAUUUCUAGCUUCUAGAACUCCCACUUGUUGCGUUUCACUUUCUGCGUUCUAUAACGAUACAAUUGUACCUUGCCAAACUUGCUCAUGUGGUUGCCGAGAUGAAGAUGCACAUCCUGGGAGCUGUGUAAAAGGAAACCCACCGCAUUUAGCAUCAGUCAUAUCGAGGUCAAGAAAGAAUAGCCCUGUGAUGCCAUUGGUUCAAUGUACUCGUCAUAUGUGUCCAAUUAGGGUUCAUUGGCACGUAAAACUCAACUAUAAGGAAUACUGGCGGGUGAAGAUAACUAUCACAAACUUCAACUACAACAUGAAUUACUCUCAAUGGAAUUUAGUUGUUCAACAUCCAAACUUCAAUAACCUGACUCAGAUUUUCAGUUUUAACUACAAACCAUUGAAUCCAUAUGGCUCCAUAAAUGACACCGGAAUGUUGUGGGGACUUAAAUUCUACAACGAUUUUCUCUCGCAAGCGGGACCUGUGGGUAACGUUCAAUCUGAACUUCUCUUCCAGAAGGAAAAAUCGAUGUUUGGUUUCGAUAACGGCUGGGCUUUUCCGAGAAGGAUAUAUUUCAAUGGCGAUAACUGUGUAAUGCCUCCGCCUGAUGCUUACCCGUUUUCUCCAAACAACAGUUACUGUUAUAGAGUUUCGAUGUUUACCUUAUUGAUUGUUAUCUUACUGUCUUCAGCCUUUUCCUUUACUCACAUAUGAGCUGAGUUGAGUUGAGGCCUGAGGAGGUAAAUAAAAAUGUAGGUAAGUUUGUUGAUUUUAGUGUAAAACAGGAGAGGAUUUAGCAACAGAUAUGAGAGAAUUGGUCUGAUGG